AGUAAAUGUAAACAGUAUCGUUUAUAUUCAUUUUUAAGAUGAUUUUUACGAAAGGCAACGUAUGUAGUGCAAUAAAUUGCAGUAAUAAUAGGAAGAAGACACCACAUUUGUCAUUCUUCAGGUUUCCUAAGGAUCCUGAGAGGAGCAAGAAAUGGUUAAUAAAUGGUAGGAGACAGGACCUGCUGCAAAAAGAUGUCGUUUAUUUGCACAAUAACGUGAAGUUUUGUGCAUUACAUUUCGAGUCAAACCAGUUCAUGAGCGCGGAAAAGAAGAAAUUAGUAUGGAAUGCAGUUCCUACAUUAUUUGACGUGCCGAAUAAGCCACAACUAGUGAUGAUGAAGACAAAAUUGCCAUACAAACAUGAAAGUGUUACUGCAAAAACAAUAAAACUGUCUCCCGACACAGAAGAAACAGCUACCACAAGUGUUACUACACGAGAGACACAUAUAAAAUCACUAACAACGGAAUUUGCAACACAGACAUCUUUUGAAGAUGAAAUGCUUAGAUUACGUGAAAUUAUUCGUGUGUGGGAAAAUCGUGUGACAUGUAAAAACGUGCAAAUCAUUAGACUUCGUACAAAAUUACUAUGUGACUAGGAAAGUGCCCAUCGUAAAAAUAA